AUUUUAUAGUCUGUGGGUGAGGUGACGUUUUUCACAAGUGUUACUGCGACGACUAGACAUUUUUAUUUAAAAACCGGGCGAAAAUCCCGGUAUUUGUGUCUAAGUUUAGUGAAACUCGAUUAUGUGGACUCCAUUUUUACAUGUGUACACCUUAUGAUAGUUUUCGUUGAGAAAAUUACAUUAUAUAGACUUAAAUUUACAACACACCAUGGGCCUAUCCUCGUAUCUGGUUUGCGCAGUUUUGCUGUUGACACCUAUUAGUGCUUUUUAUUUACCCGGUUUAGCGCCUGUAAAUUACUGCAAAGCCGGCGAGGAAAAUGGAAAAUCAUGUAAAAAUGACAUACCCCUCUAUGUGAAUAGACUGAACACAGAAGAAUCUGUCAUACCAUUUGAGUAUCAUCAUUUUGACUUCUGUCUGUCGGAUGAGGCCCAGUCUCCAGUCGAGAAUCUUGGUCAAGUGGUCUUUGGAGAGAGGAUCAGGCCGAGUCCUUACAAACUGAGUUUCCUCCAUAAUGAAAAUUGCAGAGACCUAUGCACAAAAACUUAUAGGGCAUCAGAUCCUGAGUCCAUUAAGAAGUUGAAUCUGCUCAAGAUGGGAAUGGCUCUGUAUUACCAACACCAUUGGAUUUUGGACAACAUGCCUGUGACUUGGUGUUAUUUAGUGAACGAAGGUGGGAAAACAUACUGCAGCACUGGAUUCCCUAUGGGUUGCCAAGUUAGGAAAGAUUUGGACACCUGUACUCCUAUAGUGAAUGCAGCGUCCAGUGCAUUCGGUACAUACUUCCUGUUCAACCAUGUGGACCUUGAGAUCACAUACCACAGUGGAGUAGGACAAGAAUUGGAUAUGAGCGUCGGUGAGAAUGGUGGGCGCAUUAUAUCAGCUAAGGUCAAACCAGCCAGUAUUAAACACCAAAGUGUAGACACCAUGGAUUGUAAUGCACGUAACAAUCCAUUGAUAAUACCCACCUCACUAUCAGGAAAAGAGGACUUCACCGUCAUAUACUCAUACCGUGUUACAUACAUAAAAAAUAACACAAUCAAAUGGUCCUCAAGAUGGGACUACAUUCUAGAAUCUAUGCCACAGACCAAUAUACAGUGGUUCUCGAUACUGAACUCUCUGGUGAUUGUCCUUUUCCUAAGUGGCAUGGUUGCGAUGAUACUGUUGAGGACUCUACAUAAGGAUAUUGCUCGGUACAAUCAAAUGGAAUGUGGUGAAGAUGCUCAGGAGGAAUUUGGCUGGAAGCUCGUUCACGGCGACGUGUUCAGACCACCGCGGCGUGGCAUGUUGCUGGCAGUGUUCCUCGGCUCAGGUUCACAAAUGUUCGGCAUGACGCUGGUGACUCUCGCGUUCGCGUGCCUCGGCUUCCUGUCGCCGGCCAACCGCGGCGCGCUGAUGACGUGCGCGCUGGUGGCGUGGGUGCUGCUGGGCGCCGCUGCGGGCUACGUCAGCGCGCGCGUUUACAAGAGCUUCGGCGGCCGGCGGUGGAAGAGCAACAUCCUGCUCACGUCCAUGGUGUGUCCGGGCGUGGUGUUCUCCCUGUUCUUCAUAAUGAAUCUGGUGCUAUGGGGCAAGGGAUCUUCUGCUGCAGUGCCGUUCUCUACACUGGUGGCCUUGCUCGCUCUCUGGUUCGGAGUCUCUGUGCCUCUCACAUUCAUAGGAGCUUACUUUGGAUUUAGGAAACGGAUUUUGGAGCACCCUGUGCGCACGAACCAGAUCCCGCGGCAGAUACCCGAGCAGUCUCUGUACACGCAGCCCGUGCCCGGCAUCGUGAUGGGCGGCGUGCUGCCCUUCGGCUGCAUCUUCAUACAGCUGUUCUUCAUACUCAACUCGCUCUGGUCCAGUCAGAUGUACUACAUGUUCGGUUUCCUGUUCCUCGUGUUUGUGAUCCUGGUGAUCACUUGCUCCGAGACCACGAUCCUGCUCUGCUACUUCCACCUCUGCGCUGAGGACUACCACUGGUGGUGGAGAGCCUUCCUCAGCUCCGGCUCCACCGCUGGCUACCUCUUCAUCUACUGCUGCCACUACUUCGUCACCAAGUUGAACAUUGAUGAUGCUGCGUCCACCUUCCUCUACUUCGGCUACACCUUCAUUAUGGUCUUCUUGUUCUUCCUCCUCACCGGCACCAUUGGCUUCAUGGCCUGCUUCUGGUUCGUUAGGAAAAUAUAUAGUGUGGUCAAAGUUGAUUAGUUUAGUUGAUAGCUUUUUUUUUUAGUUUAAGGAACAUUGAGGUACAGCGGAUUAUGGAUGUGCGAUGUCUGACUUGUUUAAAGAAGUGCUAUUCUGUAACAGUGUUUUUUAUUUUAUUUAUUCACAGAAACAAUACCCGGGAAAACAUUGCAGUUGUCCAAUUCAUCUUUCUAAGCAAUAUUAUAAAACAGAAUUCCUAUUUAUAAAAUUACUGAGAAUAAAUACAAUAACAUAAAAGAAAAAAAAUAAUCAAAAAUUGGUCAAUGUUUUGUAUUUUUGAUAACUUUUUUUCUCUUGUUAUAAUAAUAUAACAAUUUAACAAGAUAAAUGAAACGCCCAAACAACAAUUCUAUUCCAAUAAUAAUUUAAUAUUUUUUUGUAAGCAUGGGCGGUGGAGAGUGAAAAACGUCCAGUUAAAAUUUGUAACUAAAAAAUUAUAGUGAGAUCAUUGAGCAUUAAAAUUGCAACACACUUUAACUCGAAUGUCGAAAUGUUAGUUUCUAAUUCACCUCUAUCUCUCUCUGUCUAUACAAUACAAUAGAAAGAGAACAAUAGAGGUAUAUCCGAAACUCUUAUUUGAAAAGAAUUAUUGAAACACUAGCGGACGCCCGUGACUUCGUCCGCGUGGAAUUCAGUUUUUCACAAAUCCCGUGGGAAACAUAGAUUUUUCCGGGAUAAAAAGUAGCCUAUGUGUUAAUCCAUAGUAAAAUCUAUUUCCAUUCAAAAUUUCAGCUAAAUCGCUUCAGUAAUAGCAACUUUUAAGAGUAACAAACAUAUACAUAUACAAACCUUCGCGUUUAUAAUAUUAGUAAGACUGUUACAGAUUAGCACUAAAGAUAUAUAUUAUAGUUCUUAUCUAGAUUUUUUUAUGUGAUCAACACAUUGUGCUUUGAACGUAAAACAUCAUUUUCAGUAUUUUUAGUGUGACGUCAUAUCGCUUAGACUACCUUUAGUUCAAAGAUACUCACCACCAUUAAGGCCUGCUGUAUACACUCGUUUUGCGUAAUGUCUUUGCUAAUUAAUUUUGCGUAAUUACGAUUUGGAAUUCCGUAAGACUAACGCAGACUUUACGUUUUUCUUUAUUCGGAAUGUAUAUUGUCGCAAAAGCUCGCAUUCAUUACGUACGCGCGGAAUUUAUUCCAUUCGGAAAAAACGUAGGUCAUUUAAUGUAUUAUAAAUUGAUUUCAUGAAUUCGGUUUUCCGAACACGGAAAUCGGUUUUGAAAACUAGUGUAUGCGGCCGGCCUAUAUAUCAAGACGAGAAAAAGCAACCAAUUUAAGCCUCAAUAGCUCAAUUGUAAAGGGAUAGGUCUCUUUACCGAAGGGUCGUGGUUCGAUCCCCUCCCGCUGGUCAUACCGACUAAAGUCUUAUCCGAUUGGUGGUUGGUGGGGAAUGGAAAUGUUAGUCAUAUUUAAUAGAUAUGGUAAAUAUUCUUAAAAAAAAAAUGGCGGCGAAGUCGAAAAUAUUACGUACGUAAAACUGUUUUACGAGUUACAAUACAUUGCCACAGACAACUUAUAUACCUACAUAAUAUACACAUGGGAACAUUGACCUCUUAUAAUAAAAGGAAGCACAAUCAUGUAGAAAAUUUCACUUAAAAACUGACCAAUUUUGCAUUGUCAGUUUUAGAAUUAUUGGUAAAGAAAAUUAUACGUAUAGGCCUUUAAAUAUUGUCCAAUCUAUACUUAUAAUAAAUCUGUAGAGAGGUCAAUUCUGUACAUGAAAUAUAUUUCCAAAAUAACUAUCAGGGGGUGAUUAGUGAUCGAUACUGAUGCCAAAAAUGCAAUCAGUAAAAUUUUUGUCUGUCUGUCUGUCUGUCUGUCUGUCUGUAUGUUCUUUAUAGAAACAAAAACUACUGGACGGAUUUUAACGAAACUUGGUACAAUUAUUCUACAUACUCCUGGGCAGGUUAUAGUAUACUUUUCAUUACGCUACGAUCAAUAGGAGCAGAGCAGUGAAGAGAAAUGUUGAGAAAACGGGAGAAGUUACUCAAUUUUUUAAGCUUCCGUCGCGUGUACAGCGUUAAUGGCUAAAGCUACAUAGAAAUCAUGUAUGACGGAAAUGUUUUCCUUAAAAUUAUCUAUAAAAACACAACAGCAUAUAUAUGUCUAUCUUUUAUGGUUGACUCACAAUAGCACGUGUAACUCCCGAUACCUUAGCAGCUCGGAGCUUUCUAAUUAAAUUUGUCUACUCUUAUAUUUAUAACACUCAUCACUCAUCCCUAACUAAAAAAGUUAAUAUUAUUACCUAUUCAAUAAAAAAAGAAUCAUAAAAUCGGUAAAGAAACACCAAAGUUAUACAAGAUAUAUACGCUAAGCCAUCGCGCGUGCAUAUGCUAUAUGGAUUAUUUUUGUGUAACGGUUGCCGCGCUCGACGCGACUCGCGGGGGGGGGGGGGGGGGGUUAUAAAUAAAGAACUGCAGCCUUAAUGAGUAGGGUAGGGUAGAGGUAGGGUAGGGUAGGGUAAGGUAGGGGUAGGGUAGGAUAGGGGUAGGGUAGGGGUAGUUGAAAGUUUACAGCGACUUUCACGUGGACGAAGUCGCGGGCGUCCGCUAGUAUUCAAUAAAAUCCCAAAUUCAGAGCAAGUUCAACCUUAAGGAUUGAGUUUAAGGUUGAAUUUGCAAAUGCGACUACUUGAAUUGAGUGCCAAGAAGUUGUGUUUGGCACUCAUUGCGUGGGGACGUUUUUUGGUCGCUGAUUGUGCAUCCACUUUUAAUAGGAGAUCGAUGCAUGGGAAGUUAUAAAUACCCCUUCUAUAAAAGGGGGUUAAAAAGUUUGAUUAUUGUGGCAAAAGUGAAGAGGUUUUUUUGACUGGUUCAUACUUGUGUUUGUGAUGUAUAUGUGUAGCACAUACAUAAUACUUAAGAACCAAAUAUAUAUACCUAUUUAUUUAACGAAAGUUUUUAUUUAUGAAUUUGUUUUAAUAUGUCUGCCCACUUUAUUAAUUUACAGGGCGUGGUUAUAUCCAUCACAUAUUCUACAUAUUUUUAUUUAUUUUCUAUUUUACCAACUUUGUUAAUAAGAUGAUUGAGAGAGUGCUGUACACAAUGUGAUUGUAUAAACAAAAAUUAUCGUAAAUAAAAUUUUAUUAUAGUCA